AUGAGUGUUUUAAAGAGCAAGGUUAAGGUCGCUUUGAUCCAGUUUGCUAGCGGAUUGCCCGAAAAAACCGUUAACUUUCAAAAUUGUAAGAAAUUCGUGGCUCAGGCCAUGAAGACUCAGCCUGCAACGGAGCUUGUAGUAUUACCAGAAUGCUUCAAUUCCACAUAUGCCAACAGCGAAUUUCGCAAAAACGCUGAAAUUAUCGAAUACUCCUCUCCCUCAGUCAAGUUUUUAAGUGAUCUUGCUCGCGAGCAUAAGAUCACAUUGGUCGGAGGAAGUAUUCCUGAGCUAGAGCCCGCCACCAACAACGUCUACAACACCUGCCUGAUUUUCGAUAAAACGGGGCAAUUGAUCGGGCGUCAUCGUAAGGUGCAUCUUUUUGACAUCGACAUCCCAGGCGGAAUCACGUUCAAAGAAAGCGAUACAUUCUCUGGUGGAGACACUACCACAACGGUAGACACCCCAUUUGGCAAAUUGGGGGUAGGUGUUUGUUAUGACUUGCGGUUCCCGGAAUUAGCCACCGUGAGUGGCAGAAAAGGUGCUUUUGCCAUGGUCUACCCUAGUGCAUUCAACACCACAACCGGGCCUUUGCACUGGCAUUUAUUGGCCAGAGCUCGCAGUGUUGACAACGAACUCUAUACCAUCCUGUGUUGCCCUGCUAGAAACCCGGAUCUCGCUUAUCAGGCCUACGGCCACAGUUUAGUGGUGGACCCACAAGGAACUGUGGUAGUCGAAGCUGGAGAAGGCGAAGAGAUCGUAUACGCCGAAUUAGACCCUGCAAGAAUUGAAGCGAUGCGCAGCAAAAUCCCAGUGACAGUACAAACGCGUUUCGACGUUUACCACGACGUGAGUAGCGACGCCAAAUAG